CAGAGCAGCAGAGGCCCACGGGACUUCGCGCGCAAGAUUGCAAGGAAAGGCAGCUCCUUCGCAAGGCUGGCUUGGCUUCAGCGGCGGCAGCAGCAGCAGCGCUAAGAGCAGCGGUAGCGGCAGUCGCGGGAAGGCAAGGCUGCCUUGCAGAGGCUGUGGAGCUAUGCUGGGGCCAAGCGGAGAACAAGGCGGCGUGCUCCACUGAGGCUGCGAGAUCGCUGCAAGGGCGGGGAGGCGAACUAAGACGCCCACUUGCGAGCCUGGCCAAGUUGGAGUUCGCUGGGGCGGAGUGCUUCCCGCCCGCCCCUCGCACGGAUCCUCUUCGCAAGCGGAGCCAGGAUCGCUCUUGCUCCCCCGCCCCGCCUCCCUUCAUUGCUUAGUGAAGCAAGGGGAUCGGAUCCCAUGACCUAGGGAGUGUGUGUGCAAGCCAUGCGACCCGACGACAUCAACCCUCGGACUGGCCUGGUGGUGGCUUUGGUCAGCGUCUUCCUGGUGUUUGGCUUCAUGUUCACGGUGUCCGGGAUCAAGGGGGAGACUUUGGGGGACAUCCCUCUCCUGGCCAUCGGCCCGGCCAUCUGCUUGCCUGGCAUCGCUGCCAUCGCCCUGGCCCGGAAAACCGACGGCUGCACCAAGUGGCCCGAGAACAGAUGUUGCCCGCCGUGCCGCUGCUGCCGCAAGAAGCCCAAAGACAAGGACGCCCUGGAGCUGCUGAGGACCCCCUCGGACCUGGAAUCGGGCAGGGGCAGCUGCGAUGAGCUGGCCAAGAAAGCUGCCUACGCCGCCCAAGGCAGGAAGGCCAGCCACAGAGGAGAAGGAGGCGGCGGGGGGGACUCUGUCUCCAUCAUCUCCACCUGCACCACCAUCACCACCGCCGCCGCCGCCGCCACAGGGGAGUGCAAGAGCUUGCUCAGAAAAGCGGAGCAGGAGGAGAUGCUGAGAUACUUGGAGAACUGUUACCCGGAGAUGCCUGGGAAUGUAUUUGUGGCCGACGCCACCCCCUAUCGUGCCUUAGAGGAGCAGCAGCAGGGGUCGCCCGUCUUGGAAGGGGCUGCCGCUGCCGCUGCCGCCGCCGCCGCCUGCCCCGACACGGAGGACAACAUUUUCGUGGCUCCCAGAGACAGCAUCAUCGUCUGCUCCUACAAGGAGAACAGCCCUUACGACAGGUACUGUUGUUAUAUAAAUCCCAGCGAAGAAGUCAGCUCGGACCACGAGACGAUAAUCUGACUGAACCUUGACGCCCUUUCUCCUCCUCCUCCUCCUCCCAACUUUUCUUUUCUUUUUCUUUUUCAUGUGGCCCUGUAUUUCUGAAAGUAAUAAACACUCCAAAGUAGUGACUGGUUUUGCACUGCAUGGGACAAUCCUCAUAGCUGUUAACUGGUAUGUGACUGAUACUCAAACCUUUUGUGCCUGAAAAUAUUUAAAUGUUUUUUUCUUCUUCUCCUGUUAAAAGUAAUAAUAAGCAUGUUUAAGGAGAAUCAUUCUUUUCUAUGAUGAUCACAGUGACGAUUUGUAGCAGUGAUGCUGAUGAUGGCUUUGGUAGAAAAUGUGGCGGGGUGGGGAACAGCAUGACAAUUCGAGGCACUUGCUAAACAGUUUGCAAGCAAGGAAGAAGUCAAACGCCUGUCCUUGUAAACUAAAGCUCUUUGAAUUCUUCCUCUCCACUGACUUCUGCAAGUACUCCUGAGAGGAGCUGGGGCUAAGUUUCAGUUAGCUAGAUGUUUUCUUUUCAUCAUCUGAAGGAUCAGGUAAAGGUAAAGUGUGCCGGAUCAGGCAAGUCGUGAAAAACAAGAACUGAAAACAAUUGUAACGGCCGGGAAGAACAGUGGGAGAGAAAGAGCAAAAGGUAAAACAACCCCACCUGGCAGGCAUAUUAUAAAAGAUGCAAAUAUGAUUGGCUUUUUGCUGCUUAAUAAGGAAUUGGUCAAUUUAAAAGUACUUAAUGCAUCUUAGGUUUACAACUGUUAUUUUUUCCUCUAUCUCUGUUCUAUUCUGUCACUUUAAAAAUGCAACCAGAGGGAUAAGUUGUAGCUUUUUCCAAGUUGGAUUUCCAGGGAAAUGGAUGAGAAGUGCAAUGUAACUUGUCUAAAACUGGAAAACAUUUUGAAUUUCAAUCAGUUUGUGACUUAAAAAAAUAGGAACAAAGUUUAUUGAAAUCUGGAGACAGGUUCCCUUUUGAUGGGGAUCAAUGCCCCAGGAAAAUCGUAAACCUAUUUCAAAGGUCAUAUGCUGCCCACUACAUUGGUAUUGUCAAUAAGGAAAUCUUAUUCUAAGUGUUCUGUUGUGAUUAUCUGGUCUCAGCAUUCACUGUGACUGCUUUGAAUGUAUGACAAGGAUUGGUUUGGGAAGGGAAAUGUACAUACAGUAAAGCAUGACUUGACUAAGCCCUCCAUAGUCAGAUUCCUCUAAAUAGUGGUCAUGCCUUAUAUCCCAGUUUAAGAACAGCACCCCUACAGAGCAUUAUAUGUUACACUCAGUGAAUAUUUGCAGUAGUGUAAAAUGUAAUGCCACCUAGGUGUGUGUGCAGACAUUCAGUCAUCCUUCACCAACUGUGGGUUUCCCAAUCACAGUUUUAAGUAUCCACAACUGAGAAAUUGUGGCAGAUCUCACCAACUGCGACCCAAGUAUUGGCGGUUUGGUGAGAAUUUUUUGUAAUUUGAGUGGUUUGUUUUGUGAUUUCUGGAGAUCAGGGAGUGAUUUCCAGGGCUCAGGGGUGAUAUUGGAGGAGGCUCAGGGUGAUUUUCAGGGGUUCAGGAGUGACUUUUUCUAUUUUUAACUGUAUUUUGCAAUCUUUUCAUGAACGCAAUUCCCCUAACCCAAUUUCCCAUUGGUUUUAAUGCCUUGCCAACUGCGAAUUCGCCAAAUGCGAGAAAUUUCCCCCGGAACAGAACGAUUGGUGAGGGAUGACUGUAUAUGUGAAGCAGUGCAGAUUUUCUCCUGCAGCUCAAGUGUGACUUACCCUGCCUCAAGUUCAACACAUUUGAUAGACACAUAUCAGCAAAUCAAAUGCUGCUUAAGUAAUCUGUCUUGCCCCUUUAUACUACGAUUGGGUUUUCUGCCUUUUUUAUUUUUAAAGCACCACAUGCACAUUUUUUCAAUUAAAUGUACAUUCAUUCAUACAACCUUUCCUCCCUGCCUCAAACAAGAGAGGAAAAGUAGGUCUUUGUUUUUACAUUUAUAUCCUGCUCUUCCUCCAAGUCGAGUGGUAUACAUAGUUAUGCAUAUCCUCACAACAACUUGUGAGAUAGGUGAGGAUGAGAGAAUACUGACUGGCCCAGACUCAACCAGAAAGUUUGAUGGCUGAACAGGGAUUUGGGUCCUAGCCUAAUCUAACCACUACACCAUACUGGCUAACCAUACCAGUUAGUAAUGACUGGUUUCUGGCCAAUCCAUCCUGUGCACAUCCUGCUUCAGUUGCAAGCACAUUGAACAGGUUUCUGUAACAUUUUAUGCAGGGGAGAUUAUAGCCCUAUUCACACAUUAUGUUGUACCUGCAUUCAGAUGUGUGUGCACACGUACAUGUUUUUGUGUGAAUGACUAUACUUGCAUUCAUUGUAAAAGUGAAUCUGGGUACAGUUCCCUGAAAUGCAGGAUACAGUUAGGAAGUGUACUGCUGUACCUGUGUUCAACAUAACAUGUGAACAGAACUGUAUCUGUGAAUACUGUACACAGACUGUACAAACGUGUUGAACAUAAUGUAUGAAUAGGGCUUAUAUCCCUAAUAAAAACAAUGUGAGAGCAUUUCCUCAGUGCUUCCACAAAUUAUGCCCGUACACAUAUCUAUCCAGGAUGCCUGGACAUAUGUCAUCCUGCCACAAGGCCAAUAGCCUUUUUAUUUUAUUUUAAAGGAUUAGAUCAUUCAGGGAGGAAAUGUUUUUCAAUGACCAUUAGCUGUGUCAGCUAUGGGGCCUCCAGUGAUACUGGGCAGUAUACCUUUGAAUACCUGAUGUGGGGUAAACAGUGGGGGAAGGCUAUCACUUUCACCAUGCCAUGCUUGUGAGAUUCCAGAAGCAUCUGGCUGACUGUCUUCGGAAUCAGAAUGCAGGGCUCAAUGGACCUAAUGUCUGAUCCUGCGACACAAUUAUUAUGUUCUUUUAAAGAAAAUUCUGCUCCAUCUAUGCAAUGACAGCAGUUGUGUCUAAAACCAAUUCUUAUCCAUAUUAAUGGCAAAUCACUCUUGGUUUCAAAUGCAUAGGGUCAUUGUAAGAAAUAUUCACGUCUUUCAAAAUUGUGGGUGUUCAGCAGAAUAGUCUGAAAAUGUAACCUGAAAUAAUCAAUCUGAAAUUAAGACAAUAAAUAGUGUUCUAAAACUAGUGGCCCGAUCCAGCCAAAGUGAACAUUUGUUGAUCCCAUUGAUAUACGUGUGCUGCUGUUAAGCAUGUGCUUAAACCUCUCCUCUUGAAGCCAAUGGGGCUUCAAGGUUCUUCACUCUGGCUGGGUUAUAUGCCCAGGUUUGUUUUAUGUUUUUUUUUUAAAGUAAAAGAUAAAGAAACGGGUUUAUUUGCAUUUUGGCACAACAUGGGCUGUGCAUCAAUUCCCUUUUACCCUUCAUAGUCACAAUCAUGCAAAGAAGAACAUUGUGAUGACUCAGCACAUAACAUAUUGCUGAGCGAGCCCCUCAGAGACUGCAGGGAAUGAAUCUGCAAGUCCCAUGUACAUUAUGUUUCUGUAUAAUAUGUGCAAUAUAAAUGUAAUAUUCUAUUUGAGAUUUUAUAUAUGUUAUAUAUUUAAUCUAUGCAGGAAGCUUUCCAAGGGUUAAACGUGAGAAACAAUAUAUUCAAUAAAUUCCGAGUAA